AUGCGCCUGGCACUCUGCUUUCUUGGUUGUGGCGAAAAGGCAGAAGCUGCGGCUGCCUAUACAGAAUUUAUCCGUCUCUCUGAGCAGCGUGGCGUACAUAACCAAUACCAUCUGUCUCAGGCUUAUAAGUAUCUGGCUGGCUAUCACUUCGAGUCUGGUCACUCUGAAGACGUGCUGGUCGCUGCGAACAAAUGUCUCGAGUUCCCAGAGACUCGGGAGCAGGCGAAAGCAAUGCUCCGACAGAUUGCUUUACUAACUCGCGAGACUGAAGAAGAAGAAGCGGGGGAAGAGAGACAGCAACAACCUCUUCCAGGACACCAUUACCAAGGUAGUGUAACUUCCUACAUUGCUCCUCCGUCCAAGACCGGUAGCGAAAUGGCUCACCAAGGGGUGCCGCCAAUCGGUGUUCCUGGUCAGAAAGGUCAAUUGAGAGACGCGAUGGAAGCAUCAGAAAGCUCAGAGCGGAUCGAAUGUGGGUCAUAA